CGUGUCUUUCAGUCAGAUGACGUUGCUCUGAGGUCACACUCCGGGUCAACGUAAGGAGUAAACGCGCGUGUGUUUGACACCCGGAGAAAGGGAGAAAGAGAGAGACAGAGCGAAAGAGAGUCUGAGUUUUGGGUGAGGAGGGGGUGAGGAGGAGGAGAAGGAGGUUUCGAGGUUUUCCUCAGUGCUCGCACGCGCUGGGCUUGCUGAAAGACGCACGAGGCUGCUACUGGAGUAGAUUCUAACCGGCGGGAGACGCGCGUGCCGUUACCCACCGGGCAGCUCCGGUGUGUGACUGUGUGUGUGUGUGACAAAGAGGAGGAAGAGUAGCGGACAGAGUCACAUUGAGCCCGGAAAGUUGGAGUACAGCUGCGGAGUGAUCGGGGGCAGCUGAUGUUCUUCACCGAGGACAGAGCUCCAUCUCCGGGAGAGCCGCUCCGGAGCAUGCGCUCCUGCCCAGACUCCCACGCUUCUUCGUCUUCUUCUGCGUCCCUGCCGGGGCUGCUGUGAGCCCAGGACGGCGGGGUGGGAGGGGGGGAUCCCACCGUGUCCGGGGUUCGUGCUAGUGCCACUAUGUCGGUGGCAGUCCGCGUGAUGUGCGGAGAGAGAGAGUGAGAGACCCCGACGCUCAGAGCGAGAGAACCAUGACUUCCUGUGGGAUUACAGCAGCACGCGACAUGAUCCUAAUCGGCGUCGUCUGCCUGCUGCUCGUGCUCGAUGUGUGCGUUUGUGACUCGGAGCUCGGCACCCCCGGCUGGAGGGAACCUCUAGACUGUGUCCGAGCCUCCGAGCUGUGCAACCAGAACAGCCAGUGCAGCUCGCGUUACCGGAUCAUGCGCCAGUGCCUGUCGGGCGGGGACAAGGAGCGCAGCGCCAUGCUGGCCUCCAAGGAGUGCCAGGGGGCGCUGGAGGUGCUGCAGGACUCGCCGCUCUACGACUGCCGCUGCAAGAGAGGCAUGAAGAAGGAGCUGCAGUGCCUGCAGAACUACUGGAGCAUCCACAUGGGCCUGACUGAGGGGGAGGAGUUUUACGAGACGUCUCCAUACGAGCCGAUCCACUUCUCUGAGGAAUUCAGACAUGCCUCCAUCAUCUCAGAUUCAUCUCUGACCAAGAUGAGCCCCUGCUCCGAGGCAGGGAAACCCUGUAACCCCUGUCUGGAUGCGGCAAAGGCUUGUAACCUUAACGAGACGUGUAAACGUCUCCGAUCUGCCUAUAACUCCAUCUGCAGCAAGACCACGCCCCCGCAGCCCUCUGCGGGCUAUCAGGAGCCGUGUAGCAGGAAGCGAUGUCAGAAGGCCCUGCGACAGUUUUUCGAGCGGGUGUCAUGGGAGCUGAGCUACCCCCUGCUGUUCUGCUCGUGCCCGGACCAGGCGUGUGCUGAGCGUCGCCGUCGCACCAUUGUCCCGUCCUGCUCACACCAGGAGAGGCACAAAGCCAGCUGUCUGGAGCUGCGGCGCACCUGCCGCUCGGACGCCCUGUGCAGGUCUCGGCUCGCUGAUUUCCACAUGAACUGCCAGGUGACACCACACACCGUCACCACCUGCCCUCACGAUAACUACCACGGCUGCCUCAUGUCCUAUGUCGGCCUCAUUGGCUCGGAUGUAACGCCAAACUACAGCGACAGCAGCCCAUCCAACAUCACUAUGAGCCUGUGGUGCACCUGCAGGGGCACCGGCCACCAGGAGCACGAGUGUGAAGCUUUCCACCGCGAUUUCACACACAACACCUGCCUCAAAAAUGCCAUCCAGUCGUUUGGUUACAGCUCGGAGGGAGGGACUCUUUUCGUAACCGAGCCGUCAUCCACUUUCCUGCCCCCUGCCGGGCCUCCAGUCAUCGCCAAACCUGCUCCCUCUCUGCACGGAAAUGCAAUCAAACCCCUGGACAGUGCUUGUAUGUUUUCCACUUGUGCGAACCUGCAGGAUGGAGGACAGAAGUGCAUCCCCUCUGAUGACUUCGAGUGCGAGGAGGCUCUGUUGGCCCAGGGCUCGAUAGACUCUCAGGACUCUGCAGGGCCAAGAAGCAGCAGCCGGCCAUCAGCCCCACUCCUCCACCUCCUCCCUGUGACUGUGUGUGUGUCCAUCCUGCCAGCGUUCCUGUUCCACGUCUCAUAAAUGUGAACUAGCAUACACACAUACAUGCCCACACACAGAUUUACACACACACACACACACACACACACACACACACACACACACACACACACACAGACAUUUACAAACACACAUACACACAGACACACACACACACACACACUAAAUGUCAGCCAGCAGACGUCCAGCAUCAACAACUGCCUUUCAGAGGAGGAGGGAAGUUAUUCUGGAGGACGUUCGGAUUAGCCAGCUCUCUGCACCACACACACAGUGCACACACACCGUGAGAGGGUGUGUUGUGUGUUUGAGCGAGGGUGAGAAUGAGAGAGGCAGACACAGAGAGACUCCUGGGAUUUUCGAUCACAUUGACUUCGUUUCCAAAGCUCGGUGUCUGCAGAGUUUGUGUGCAGCCCGGCUCAGACUCACUGCCUCCAGCUUUCUGGGAUCCGAGACAGCUGGGCUCAGAAACACAGGGACUUUGGCUCAAGCUUGGAACUGCACACACACGCACACAAACACACACACAAACACGGAGAACAAGUCUUAAAGUUGGCAGCACGAUGGUGAGAGAGACGACAGAGCUGGACAGAUGGGACGGAUCAUUCCUCUGUGUUUGUCAGCUCAAUUUAUCACUUCCCUGGACCUCUCUGGUGGCAAGAAAGCUAUACUGCAUACAUUCAAACGCACACACUGUAACCCUCCCCUUAGACCUCGUUAGCGGGCAAACAGGGUCCCCACAAGGACACAAACACUCAUGCUGUACACCAGUGUGCUUUUCGCAGGUCUUUCUCUUCAUUUUGUUGUCAACAUUCUGUAAAAACUUCAUUUAAUGUGGAAUAUGAAAAAAGAGUGUAUAUUUCACAAAUGUAAGUGUAAAAUUGUGCGAGUGUGUGUGUGUGUGUUUGUGCAUGAGUGUCGGUGGCUGAAUGUGGAUGUACAGACAUGUGGAAGCAAACAAAGGAAGAAGGACUCAGCUGCAGGACACACAGCGAUGUGUGUGUACUCUCAACCAAACAAAAUUUGGGAGUUUUAGGUUUUUUCCUCCUCUUGUCUUGAUUGGUUGUAGGUGUAUUGCUAACAAAGCUACAGCUGUUAUCAUGGUAUUAGACCACCAAGCCCCUGUCAGUUUAACACAGUCUCAGUUUAAAUGGGUGCUGCUGGUGCUGCAGUUACAGCAGGGCAGACAGUGGUGGUGGACACAGACCCACCAAAGUUGUAGAGAUCAGCGCGCUGAGACGGGGAACAAUGCUGUGACCGCUCACAAUCAGAUCCAACUUUGGAGCAACUUUGGAGCACCAACACAGCAAUACAGCCUGCUGUCCUUCUGUGACUGAACAGGUCAGGUUGGCAAUUAAAUGCAAGCUGUUCCUAAUAAUACGGCAAAAAAACAUGUUGGUGUCUUCAGUCACACAGUCCAGCCUGAACCUCAGCGGCCUGAAACAGAAAUUCCUCAAUAAAGAGUGACAUCAUUUCUGCACAACAGCGAUAAAUCUGCAGAACUGGUUUUUCUAUAAGGAUAGAACCAGAGACCUGCCCAUCGAGUCAUGUCUGCUACGCAAAGACGAGCCACUCUGUUCAGCACAGACGGACUCAGGUUAGAAAUGACAGUGAGAGUGACUGCAGUCUGGGGUGAAGCACAGUUGUUGGGUUGUGUCCCACCAGACUUCUUGUCAGUGCUCGCCGCUUCACUGCAUUUUUUCGAACCCAAACCAAUGGGUUUUUGGAUCCCGUUGGUUUGGGUUAGGGGAACAAAUAAAAGUCUGUCCUUUGUGAUGAAAGUCGGACCUACAUUCACUUGCUCAUUAGAAGAUUUGGAGAUUUGAGUUGUACUUCUUCACACACGCAGCGGGCGGUUAAAAUAGGUGAUUAAGAGCAGAAUGGGCAGGGAAAAUGUUUACUCCCUGCUUACUCCCAGAGUCUCUGUUUUAUAGCUACUGAGCUUCCUCACACAGUUUCUGGAUGAUCACCAGCUAUGCUCGCACUAUCAGAAAAAGUGACUCCCACCACCCGUUACAGCUGCAGAGUCUCAGGCAGCUGGGUGGCAGCUGACACCUGACAUAUUCACAGCAGCUUUAUGUCUGCGGAGUUUCUGGUUUCAAAUGUACCGUCUCCAAGAUGCACCAAAGACUCAACUAUAUUCAUACCUGUAUGAAACCAUCCUCUGUCCUGGCAGCUCUUGGGGCUGUUGACAAAGACUCUUCAGUUCAGAGCAUAAAAGUUGUUUGUGUUCUUACGCUGCUUCUUAUCAUCAGCGGUUCAAAUACGAUCAUAUGAAGUGGUACCUGCUUCAGAGCCACCGUGUUUCUAAGUAGACCACAUUUCUUUUGGAUCUAUGUUUAGCUUCCAGACAUCGAGUGCACUUCUUUGGCACCAUGUUAGCAGGCGAUGCUAUCAGGCUGUCGUCACUUCCUCUGGUAGCGGCUUCAGUCACUUAGAAUGGAGAAAAGCUGAACUUAUCACUAGCUCACCUCGAGGAGCUUUUUCCUCUAUUGUCCCUACAAGUUGGUUGAUUUCAUUUCACUGUAGGUUUUAGGCUUUCUCUUUUAAGCCUAAUAACACAAAAAACAUGUAAAACUGCUUCAACUAUCCAAGAGCAGUCGCCUCAGGGGUGUUUAUACUGUAAGACCCUGCAAUUAGACAGAAGCUCUCGGCAACAGUGGGGAAGAAAAACUCCCUUCUGAGAAAAUGAAAGUUCCAAGAGAACUAGGUGACUGAAAACAUCAAUAAUUCAAGGAAAGGAUUUGUCACUAGUGUUAGCGUGUUAAAGGGCAGGGUCACUGUUUCCAGCAGACUGGCUCAGGUUCUUCUGCAGUCAGCCCAAAAAAACACAUGUACAGCCUGAUACACAAACUGUUUGGUCUCUAUAGAUAAUUUCCCCUUCAUAAUCACUCUUUAUGAUUCACCUGUUUAAAUUGUAUUAAAGUUUACAUUAUUAGGGGCGUGGCUUCUGACUGACAGGUGGAUGGCAAACAGCUGUUUGUAACAUUUGGAUCACUUCCUCCUGCGUUUGCUUCCCUUAAUGUGUUUAAUAUGUGAGUGUGUGUGGGGUUCUCAGUGUGUACAGUACCUCUGGCCACUCUGUGGGGUAUUUUUUAUGUUUCAUAGAAGCUACCAGGAUGCAGAAAAUGAACUGUUGUGCUGCAAGGUUGUCACCAGUUGAAGCUCGAGGUAGUCGUCACUUUGUGCCAUCCGUGGGCUGGAAAACCUGAGAUCAGUUCCAGAGGCGCUGGUGCGUCCUUACUUUAGUGUGAUUAUUACUGUCGUCCCUGCUAGCGGUCAGGAAAACGUAUUACCGUGUCUGUGAAGGGUCAUUACACAAUUGUCCAAAUCAGUGAGAUUGCUAUUAAAUUUGUUGUAAACAUUGUGAUAUUUCCCCUUGGGCUUUCAGCAGUAUCAUUAUUAGGACAGAUUUGUUUUUGUGUCUGAAAUUGGACGAUGAAGUCAUAUAUUUCUAAUCACCUCGGCCUUCCUCUUGUCCCGUAAUCAUGUUGCUUUUUUCAUCUACUUUUAUUCCAGGAGCAUUUUUCCCUGGAGUUUCUCAUCGGCAUCAUCCAGACACCUUUUUUCGCUUAAAAUGUGAAUUAAAAUGUGAUUUUCAUUAACUCAGUGUUAACGUAACGCUGACUGUUCAUGAUGCCCUGCACAUCGGGAUCCUGAGUGUUUCAUUAGCAGUGUGAUAAUCCAUGGUCCCCAGAGGGGCAGUUCAUCCCUCCACUGCCUUAGUGCUGCUGAAGCUUCAGGUUUUAUUUCAGAAUUAAAGUGCUAGUGUUGAGAUAGUGCAGAACUUUAUAAAUAACAAAAUAUUAAAAUCGAUUUCCAUAACUUUACUGUAACUUUUCAUGAUCCCCAGAAGAUGAUCUCUGGCAGGCUUGAUGUUCCCCUGUUUUACAAGCACCAUCAACAUGAAAACAUUCGAUUUCAGCAGCACACAAAUCACAAAAUUAUCUGUUUAAUGGUAGAAGAAUUCAAAUUUUGGGAGAAAAAUAUUUGAAAUGAAUGGCAGAAAUGUCACAAUGCAAUAUUUACAGUAACUUCUGUUAAUGUUGGCAGGCAAGUUUAUCUUUCACAUUUGUACUUAAUUUCCUUCCUGUAUAAAUGUGGUUAUCUCCAAGGAAUAGGAUGGUAUCGUCAGCAAAAACUAAAAUUAAAACAAAUCACUGACGCAAGUGUAAAAUUGAAGUUUUUUAAAUUUAAGUCCAACGAUCGAUCCCUGUGGAACACCAUGAUAUCUGAUUCAUAACAAUUCAUUCAUUACUAAUUGUAUUUGAAAACAAAGAACUGUUUGUUCAGGAUGGAUGUCUGAUUUUACAUUGGUGUUGAGGAUGACUGAACAGGGCUUUGUGCUGGUACGACCGUGUGUUGGGAAAGAGUAAAAUGAGGACAAAGGUGACGGUGAGGAAGGUUGUAAAUUUGCUGAUCUAUUUGUAAACUUAACAGCGCUCAGCAGUGUAAUGAAAUAUGUGUCUGGAAAUAAAAGUAACAUCUGUAACAA